AAAUUAUUCUCGUUUAGUCGAGCACAGACACUUGCCAAGUUAUGAUGAAAGUAUUCGCAUUUGUUUUUGUUAUUGUGUCGAUGGUAAUGAACGGUUUCACUCCAUGCACAGCACAAUCAGCCGCUUGGGCGGAAGCUUCUGGUGGUGCUGUUGCAAUUGCUGGAGCUCCCGGGCAACCCGGAGCGCCAGGGGGUGAAUACAGUUAUGGCUAUGCCAGUGUAGAUUCAAGAGGUCGCACCUAUGGUGGCGCUGGUGGCAACGGUGGUUAUUACGCAAGCGGUGUUGAUGAACAUGGUCGCUUUUAUGAGCAUAGUGGUGGUAAUGGUGGUCGAGGAGGCGCACCCGGACAACCAGGUCAACCAGGUGGUAAUGGUUACAAUGGUUACGGUGGACCUACAAGCUAUGAUUACCCUUAUCACCAUCGUAAUUUUGCAACGGCAGUGAGUUUUAGUUUUCCGACCUUUAUGAUUCCUAUUUUCUUAUUGUUGUUUAUGUUUUAUCAAAAUUUGUAAAUAAAUAUAUCUAAGUAUCUAAAA